AUGCUAUCUAAGAAAGCUAGCAGCCUCUGCCAUGGCGAAGAUUCUUCUUACUUCCACGGGUGGCAGAAAUACGACAGCGACCGAUAUGAUAAACUUACUAAUCCUAAAGGAAUCAUUCAGAUGGGAUUGGCAGAAAACCAGCUUUCUUUCGACCUUCUUGAGUCCUGGCUUGCAAGUAAUCCAGAUGCAUUGGUGAUGAAAAGACCGAAUGGAGAAUCAGCAUUCACAGACCUGGCUCUCUUCCAAGACUAUCAUGGCUCUGCAGAUUUUAAGAAUAAAUUAGUAAAUUUCAUGGCAAGAAUAAGAGAAAACAAGGUGAACUUUAAACCAGACAACCUCGUGCUCACAGCGGGUUCCACUUCAGCGAACGAGAUUCUAAUGUUUUGCCUUGCUGACCCUGGCGAGGCUUUUCUCCUGCCCACUCCUUACUACGCAGGUUUUGAUAGAGAUCUUAAAUGGCGAACUGGAGCUGAAAUAGUUCCAAUACAUUGCUCAAGUUCAGAUGGCUUCAAAAUAACCAUGUGUGCACUGGAAGAAGCCUAUCAACGGGCCAAAAAACUUAACCUAAAAGUUAAAGGGGUUCUGGUAACGAACCCUUCAAACCCAUUAGGAACAACCUUGACUCGAGAUGAACUCAACCAUCUCAUUACCUUUUCCAUCGCAAAAAAUGUUCAUAUAGUUAGCGAUGAGAUUUAUUCGGGCACAGUCUUUGAUUCUCCUAGCUUUGUAAGCAUCACAGAGGCUGUAAUGGACCGAAACCUUGAACACACUGAUUUAUGGAGUCGCAUUCACAUUGUUUACAGUCUCUCAAAGGACCUAGGCCUUCCAGGAUUCCGUGUUGGUAUGAUAUAUUCCAACAAUAAAACAGUUGUUUCCGCUGCAACUAAAAUGUCAAGUUUUGGCCUUGUUUCUUCCCAAACACAGUUUCUUCUCGCAAACAUGCUCUCAGACAUGAAAUUCACCGAUAAAUACAUGAAGGAAAACAAGGAAAGACUUAAGAAGAGAAAGGAAACGCUGGUUUCAGGCCUUAAACUCGCCGGAAUCAACUACCUGGAGAGUAAUGCUGGUUUGUUUUGCUGGGUAGACAUGAGCCACCUUUUGGUUUCUAAUACUUUUGAUGCAGAAAAGGAGCUAUGGGAGCAAAUUAUUGAAGAAGCUAAGUUGAACAUCUCUCCUGGGUCUUCUUUUCAUUGCACUGAACCAGGUUGGUUCAGAAUUUGCUUUGCAAACAUGUGUGCAGAAACAAUACAAGUUGCACUGAAACGUCUCAAGGACUUUUCUCAGUCCAUCAACUCAAAAAAAAAAGCUGGUAGCUGCUCGCGGCAAAGGAGGUUUCUCCUCGGCAAGUGGGUUUCCAUGUUAUUGCCAUAUGAUCCUGAACCAGAUCGUUAA